AAGGCGGCUCCGGCGCGUCACUGCGCUUCUGUGUAACAGUGACGCCACUCUCGCGUGAUGAGACUUAGGGCGUUGGGAUUUUCUGUAAGACAGGAGACUAGGGACCUGCAGUUAACAUUUUUGCCGAAGUAGUAAGUAGUCAACCGGGACUGCGGCCUGUGUUUGGGAAGACGGAACUGUUGGGCAGUAUGAAAGCCGUGUAGGGGAGGGACCAUGCGGGUUCCCUAGCAACUGAUAUCGCUCAGUGACAGCUGGGGGGCAGGUUAUCCAAGUAAGUGCAGCUCAGUUGGGCACCUCAAAACCCGCCGAGCCGGGGGCGACUGUCACCCUUAUACUGAUGGCGUCCCAGGAAGCAAUACUAUAAGGAAUUCCAGGGAAAAAGACAUUAACAAAGGUGACACUAAUGGAGCCCAGAGGAGCCAACGUUGAAAAGAAGGGACCUUAUCUUAUGGGCAAAGGGCCAACAAUUCAAGCCAAAUUACAGAGGCAGCGGGAUUUGGCCCGUGCAUCCCUUAGGAAGAAGGGUGUGCUAGGACCAACAGGCAAAGGGCACCCUUCAUCAAAACGGUCAGUGAAGUUUAAUAAGGGAUAUGCAGCACUCAGCCAGGCCUCUGAUGAAACCCUUGUGUCCCUGGAUUCAGACAGUGAUGCAGAGCUGGAAUCAAGGUGUUCGUCUGGAUAUUCCUCAGCUGAGCAGGUCUCGCAAGAUCUUAAUCGCCAGCUGCUCCAGGAUGGCUACCAUUUGGAUGAAAUACCAGAUGACGAGGAUCUUGAUUUGAUUCCACCAAAACCUGUGCGUUCCUUGCCCUGCUCCUGUUGUCUGGGAGAAUCCUGGUCCUGCUGCAUCCAGUGAAGUAUUUUAGGGAGAGUAUGAAUACUCUUAGAUAUCACUUCUGCUUUCUCUGAUCCUGGAGGUUCAUUAAACAGGAGUCUGCACUGAACUGACCAUUAUAUUGAAGACCUAUGCCAUGCAUAGUAAAUACUAAUCUUCACCACAAAGAAACACCAAAGAGCUUCUUAAUGUUAUAAAGGAUGUUGCUCUUGGAAGUUACAUUUUGUAACAUGAGAGAAUGUAUAAAAGCAGCUGCCCACAAUUUAACAGGACACAAAUGGCCUACCUGAGCUUAUCUGUGGCAAUAUAUAAAAAUAUGUAAAUUCAUUUCGUAACAUGUCUUGCUUAAUGGAACAUUUGAGGAAAGUGGUUUUCUGUUGCACAUUGCUGGAAUAAUUGCUUUACUUGCAGUAUGCCACAAUGGUUUUACCUAAUGUAGCGGCUGGAUUCCUUUUAUAUUACACGAAUAGAAAAAGUGGUGGGACAAAUUCAGUAUGGAUUUAAUUCUCUCAGCUCUCAGAACAGAACCAGAAUUAAAUUCCCGGAAUGGACUUUGCAUCUAAAGACAAUUUACAGCAUAUUUGGAAGAGGUAAACUCCUUCUGAUCGUUGGCAAGCAUAGGUCUUUAUACGUUACUGAUCAUUGUAUUGAUACAUGAUAACCGUCACAAUUACCUAUUUUGGCUUCUGUUACUUUAUAGCUAUGGAUAGUUACAGCUAUGAAGCUAUGGAUAGUUAAAGCUAUGGAGCUAUGGAUAGUUACAGCUAUGGAUAGUUACAGCUAUGGAGCUAUGGAUAGUUACAGCUAUGGAGCUAUGGAUAGUUACAGCUAUGGAUAGUUACAGCUAUGGAGCUAUGGAUAGUUACAGCUAUGGAGCUAUGGAUAGUUAAAGCUAUGGAGCUAUGGAUAGUUACAGCUAUGGAUAGUUACAGCUAUGGAGCUAUGGAUAGUUACAGCUAUGGAGCUAUGGAUAGUUACAGCUAUGGAUAGUUACAGCUAUGGAGCUAUGGAUAGUUACAGCUAUGGUUUAAUACUGACUGAAUGGAAAGCAGGUUUCUGAAUAAAUAGGGAAUCCUAUCUGUACUGAAAAUGUUUGCAAAAGCUGCUUUUGAGGGUGAAUGCUGUUUACUUAAAUAUGCUGGGGAUGUUUGUCAUAAUUUGAGACUGAUUUAAUAUUUUUAAUUUAUUUACACUAAAUAAGCCAGUUGUUAAAGUAGGCUUUAUCUUGUGUAUAUUUAUAUUUUUUUGAAACUUUUUUUCUUUGAUGUAAGUAACCUCUUAUGGAAAAGUUAUUACUUUGUUAAAUGAGCUGCCUAUAAAUAUAAACUAAUGUUAAGACAAAUGAAUAAUUUUAUUUUUACUGGCCCUUUAUGUGAAAUCAGUGACAAAAGUCUGUUGUAUAGCAGGGCUGUCCAUCUGGAGGCCUGUUAGACAGAUGUUGGCCUCCAAUUAAUUUGUAUGGCCCCCAGAUUACUCAACUGACUUCUUUGGAUCCCAUCAUCAUUUUAUUAUAAUGUAGCCACUAAACAUGUAACAAUAAAUGGCUGGCCCACUAAGUGGCAAAGCAUGACAUGUUACUGGCUCUUUAAUAAAUUAGCACUAAUUGAUUGCA